CGCCGCCCGCCUUCCCCGCUCCACUUGCCUUCGGUGCCCGGACCUCCGGCCGCGGUCCUCCCGCCCUCUCACCCCUCGGUCCCGCCCCGUCCAGCCCCAGCUGCCCGGCGCUCGCAGCUCCCCCCCGCAACUCCCAGCCGCCCGCGUUCCUAUGGACAGACGCACAGACACCUGCAGGAAGACACUGCUGAUCCUAGAACAUGGAGGAUUGUCUUCAUACCUCAUCUGAAAAUCUGUCCAAGUUGGUCAGCUGGGCCCACAGCCAUGGGACCAUUUGCAGCCUCAUUCCAAACCUGAAACACUUGCUUUCGGAAGGUUCCCAUGGGAACCUGACAGCCAUGUGGGGCUGUAGUGCUGGCCAUGCUUAUCACUGGCCACUAACGGCCACUUGCAGAGCUGGGUCCCAAGAGAGGGUUUGUUUCCAGGAUAACAGAAGUUUUAAUUCAGAUAGUCCCAGUAUUAUUGGGGUGCCUUCUGAGACACAGACAAGCCCUGUGGAAAGGUACCCCGGGAGACCAGUGAAAACAAAGCUAGACUGUAACCGGACCAGAGACUCCUGUGACUUCUCCUAUUGCAGUGAGCCCUCUGAACUGGAUGAAGCUGUUGAAGAAUACGAAGAUGAGAACACCCUGUUUGACAUGGUUUGUGAGUCUUCUGUUACAGAUGAGGAUAGUGACUUUGAACCUCAAAACCAAAGGCCUCAAAGCAUUGCUCGCAAAAGGCCUGGAGUAGGCCCGUCUUCCCUCCAUUCAAGUUCCCAUGUGCAGAUGGUGGAUGAAUGCAGCAGUGAUGUCAUUAUCAAGAAAAUCAAACAAGAGAUUCCUGAGGAUUAUUACAUUGUGGCAAAUGCAGAGCUGACAGGAGGGGUUGAUGGACCAGCCCUGUCACUGACACAGAUGGCAAAACCCAAGCCUCAGACUCAUGCUGGUCCCUCUUGUGUUGGGUCUGCUAAGCUGAUUCCCCACGUAACAUCUGCCAUCAGCGUGGAGCUAGACCCACACGGUAUGUCUGCAUCCCCCUCUGUUAUCUCCAGGCCAGUCGUCCAGAAGACUGCUAGGGUAUCUCUGGCUUCACCAAACAGAGGACCCUCUGGUACCCAUGGCGCCAGCCAACAGGUGGCCAUGCAGAUGCCUGUGAGCACAUCCCACCCUAACAAACAGAUCAGUAUCCCUUUGUCUGCCCUGCAGCUGCCUGGACAGGAUGAGCAUGUUGCUUCUGAAGAGUUCCUGUCCCAUCUGCCCAGCCAGGUCUCCUCCUGUGAGGUAGCCCUUUCUCCCUCAGUUAACACAGAGCCAGAAGUAAGCUCCAGUCAGCAGCAGGCCCCAGUUGCUGCGACUAUAACCACAGAGGCCACAGCACAGUGCAUACCAGACCAGGAUGAAAGAGCAGCUGAGCUCAGCAGGGAGCAGAACGAGAAAACCAUCCGGAGCACGCAGACCGCGCUCCGCAAUUUCCCUUAUUCUACUAAGCUCAACAAAUUUCCUGUAUUUAAUAUUAAUGAUGACUUGAAUGAUCUGUGUACCAGUGCAGUAAGCCCAAAUACUACCAAAGCCACCCGGUAUGCCCUGAACGUGUGGCGAUAUUGGUGCAUGACCAACGGGCUCAAAGAUCAUACGGACAUCACCAAGAUCCCUGCAGUGAAGUUGAACGAGCUACUCGAGAACUUUUAUGUCACCGUUAAGAAGAGUGACGGCUCCGACUUCCUGGCCACCUCACUCCACGCCAUCCGCCGAGGCCUGGACCGCAUCCUGAAGAACGCAGGUGUGGGCUUCUCCAUCACCAGCAGCACCUUCAGCUCCUCCACCAAGAAGCUCAAGGAGAAGCUGUGGGUGCUGAGUAAGGCCGGCAUGUCAGGGGCCCGUUCUCGCAACAUCGUCUACUUCUCCCUCUCCGACGAGGAGGAGAUGUGGCAGGCGGGCUGUUUGGGGGAUGACAGCCCUAUCACUCUCCUGUCCACUGUGGUCAAGUACAACAGCCAGUACCUGAACAUGCGGACGCUGCAGGAGCACGCGGAUCUGAUGUAUGGGGACAUUGAGCUGCUCAAAGACCCACAGAACCAGCCCUACUUCGCGCGGACAGACAGCGUCAAGCGGGAGAGUCGGAGUGGUUCCACCAGAGUGUGUCACGGGAAGAUCUACCACGAGCACUCCAGGGGGCACCGACAGUGCCCUUACUGCCUCCUCUACAAGUACAUGUACAUCCACCGGCCGCCCACCCAGAUGGAGGCCCGCUCCCCCUUCUACCUUACCGCCAGAAAGGAGGCCGCAGACAUGGGCAGUGUGUGGUACGAGGAACAGAGGAUGGGGCUGCGAUCUCUUCGUGGAAUUGUCCCAAACUUAGCCAAGAAGGUCAAGCUGGAAAACUGUGAGAACUUCACCUUCGUCUCGUUUACUCAGGUCUCCAGGAGGCUGGGCUCUCACAGCUGCUGCCAGUGAGCCCAGCCUGGGUCCAGCCCUUGCCCCGUGCACCCUCCUAGGCCAGAGCUCCCCUAGGUGGCCAGAGUCAGCGUCACCAGUGCUCUGAGGAGGCAGGGGCUGACCAGGCAUGACGUCUAUCAGGCUGGUCUCCAUCAGCGUGGCCUGCUAAUCCCCUGACUUGGGUUUGUUUUUUAAGUAGAUGAGUCUGAAUAAUUCAGAUGUUUUAUCCAAAUGUCUGUCACCUUUGUUAACUUUUAGAAUUUAACACAAUGUAUAAUUGCUACAUACAAGAGUGAGGAAAUUCAUUUUAUCUAGUGCCUUUUUAGCACAGGUUUUCUCAAGAAAAGAAAGAAAAUAAAAUAAAAAAGGAAACUGUUUAAGUAAUCACUUAAAAAAAAAAAAAAUCCCAGUAGCCCAGUCGCUUUAGAGUGUUAGGAUUACACUUGUUGAAUUACACUCACAAGAAUGAAGCAGAAGGAGAGAGGCGACGUGUUAACAAUGUCCAGGGACAGAAGUGCACUUCUUGACCCUCCUUUAUGUUUUGCUGGUGGGUAACGAGGUUCUGCAGAGCAAGCAGCCUCGCCGGAGGGGAGAUCCGCAGUGGAAGGGACUCCAUCUCGACUGUCAGUGGAGACAAUUUUGUGAAAAAGAUGAAUGCACCAGAAGGGUGUUUGUGAGAACAAGGUUUCCUGUGACUAGAUGGUUUGUAGUAUGAGGGAAUUUCCAGCAGUGAAGGAAAAUGGCUUGGAAAAGCCAUCUGUGAUUCAAAAUGUGAAAACCUCCUGAAGCAGAAGUGCCUACAUUUUAUUUCUCAGCACCACAUGAGAGCUCUUUUCAUUUGAACAUUUUUUAUUGUUAUUAAUCUGUGUUUCAUGUCAUAGUUCUGUCAGCAUAUAACACUGGAUCUAUUAAAACAACUAAAGGUAAUUAUCGGCUACCAAGAAAAUCCAACAAAAUAAACUGCAAAGAAAACAAAUCCCAAAACAUGUUUAUUAAAGAGCUUUGAAAUAUUGUUGUCAAAGCCUGACUUUUUCAGCCACGGCAGAUGCCAUCAUUUUAGGUUGGCACCAGAGCUUGCGACAUGAUAAUUUAGGCGACCGACCAGGUAAGCAAACCCAGCAUUAAGAAUGUAGUUGUAAAGUCAGAGCCUAAUGUAGAUUAUUAAUGGCAUUUGAAACCAUUUCACUCAGGUAAAAUUCAGCCUGAUUGCAUAAUUAUUUAAACAUUAGCAGAAUUUUCUGAUUACUACUCUGAAUGCAACAGUAGGUGAAUAAGGAGUCCAAAGAGUACUAAUUAAUAAUAACAAUAAUUCAUACAGAUCUUUAUAUUUGAGGAAAAACUUCUACAACUUUAUGCCAUGUUCCUGUGUGUGUUUUCUAAUCCUGAAUUAAAAUUCCUGUACAAAUUCUGACUUUGGAGAAGUCAGAAAAUCAGUCCCAUUUCUUUUUCAAAAUAUUAUUUUGGUAUUUAUUUUAAUUGUUUUUUAAGAACAUUCCCUAGUCACUGAAAUACAUAAUACUUCUUUACCAGAGAACACUCGACCAAUGCUGCCUUAAGCUGUGAUGUUCCCUUUUAAGUUACUGUGCAUUGAUAAUUUUGUUUACUAGUUGAUCUUUCCUUGGUAGAGGUUAAUUUUGGAAUAUUUACAUCUGUAUGUAAAUAACAGGUAAUAUUUAAUAAUCAUUGUUAUGACUUGAUAUUGUAUACUGUUCUGUUGUGGUUUUCCUAUAGUGAUUUUAGGGUUUUGAUUAAAAAGAGAUAGACAAAACAUUAGAUACAGUUUUCCUUUAGUUCGCUAAACACCCAAAGGAUAUUUUUGUUUGUGGAAAGCAGAUGUUCAUGUCCUUGUCAGUUCUGCAC